UCUCUCUUCUCUGUUUUGCAUGCAUAGCUUCUCUCUCUCUACAUAUACUAUCUGUUUCUCUCUCUAAAUAAAUAAAUAUAUAUAUAUAAAGCAAUUCUCAUCUGGAUAUAUUAUCCACUAUACAAAAACAAGCCCCGCCGACGGCCACCGCCGUUUUCACCGUUUAACUGCCUUUGACCCUUCAGAUUUAACUUAUGCGAUAGCAAAAGGGUUGAUUCUUUGUGAGGCUUGCUUGCGGUCCAUGUGUACGUUACAUUCGAUAGUUUGAGCAAGGGUUUUUGAUUGAUCUGGGAAAUUUGUGUUGUUGGAGUGUUGACGGAGGCCCUUUUGGGUUCAAAGGUUUGAUUUUUGGGAGAAUGGGGUCAAAUGUUUGCAUGAACGAGCUCUGCUGCUCGACGACGUCGUCUGAAUGGAAAAAAGGUUGGGGCUUGAAAUCAGGUGGAUUUGCUAUCCUUUGUUACAGCUGCGGAUCUGCUUACGAAAAGGUAGCUUUUUGUGAAACGUUCCACCUGGAUGAGUCUGGUUGGAAGGAGUGCAGAAUGUGUAGAAAGCGUAUUCACUGCGGGUGCAUUGCAUCAAAAUAUCUGUUUGAAUAUAUGGAUCUUGGAGGAAUAGUAUGUUUAAGCUGUGCAAGGAUAUUGGGGGGUCAAGCUUUGAGACCAAUACAGAUACCUAAUGAUGAUGUGCCUAGUGGCAUCUUGGCCAUGAAGAACAAGGAUGAUACACAGACCAUCCGUGUUGAAAAUAGAAUGGAUGAGAAUAUUUUAGAAAAGGGAAGGCUUCUGCAAUUAGGCAAGAGUGUAGAGGCCCGUGAGCCUAUCCAACUUUUUAAAUCUCGAAAUGAUGACAAAAUUAAAAGAGAAGAACCAAUCAUUCCUGCCGUGGAAGUCAUGUCAUGCUUCCCGAAUCUUAAUCAACAAUCUCUCAGAACUUCUGUACUUGAAAAAGCAGAAAAUUGCAUACCAAAACAGGCUGUCAAAGAUGCACCCGACAGUUUUAAUCAGCCAUCUCUAAAUUUCUCUUUGAGCACUCCCAUCAGUACUUCAAGCUCGGGAUUACCUUUUCCUUCUGGGGUUGGCAAGGUGUCUCCAUUUCAACAAGGGCAGAAGCCACACCAUAUUUUGCCCAAGCCACCCAAAGCUGGCUCGAAUUCAGGGUUUGAAUCAAAAAGCGGAAUAUCUACACCAACACGUGUUGCAAGGCCUCCCGCCGAAGGGCGUGGCGGCCGGAAUCAGUUAUUGCCUCGAUAUUGGCCUAGGAUUACAGACCAAGAACUGCAGAAAUUGUCUGGAGACUUGAAAUCCACUAUUGUGCCAUUAUUCGAAAAGGUUCUGAGUGCUAGCGAUGCUGGCCGGAUUGGUCGCCUAGUCCUCCCCAAGGCGUGCGCCGAAGCGUACUUUCCUUAUAUUAACCAUUCUGAAGGAAUACCAAUAAGGAUGCAGGAUAUAAAAGGGAAAGAGUGGACGUUUCAGUUUAGAUUUUGGCCCAAUAACAACAGCAGGAUGUACGUUCUGGAGGGUGUUACCCCCUGUAUACAAAAUAUGCAAUUGCAAGCCGGUGAUACAGUUACUUUCAGUCGAAUAGAUCCUGAGGGGAAACUAGUUAUGGGCUUCCGAAAAGCAACUAAUAAUGCUGAAAUGCAGGUUUCUCAAAAUUCAACACCUGCCAAUGGUGGCUGUUCUACAGAAAUUCCGCUUUCUGGUGCCACCGACAACCAUACUAAUGGAGGCCGAGAAACUGACAAGCCAUUGCAAAGAAAUGUGCUUUCUCCAGAGAAGAAGAAAGUUCGGAACAUAGGGUGCAAAAAUAAAAGGCUCCUGAUGCACUCCGAAGAUGCUAUGGAGCUGAGGAUCACUUGGGAAGAAGCACAGGAGUUGCUCCGUCCACCUCCAACUGUGAAUCCAACUAUAGUUGUGAUUGAGAACCAUGAAUUUGAAGAAUAUGAUGAACCACCGGUUUUUGGAAAGAGGACAAUCUUCACCUCUCGAUCAUCUGGAGAGCACGAACAAUGGGCUCAAUGUGACAAUUGCUCCAAAUGGCGUAGGUUGCCUGUGCACGUUCUCCUUCCAGCAAACUGGACAUGCUCGGAUAAUGUUUGGGACUCAAACAGAUGCUCGUGCUCUGCCCCAAAUGAGAUGAAUCAAAAAGAACUCGAUGCAUUCCUAAGAGUUAGCAAGGUCAAAUUUGCGACAUUUUCAUGCCCAGAAACCAAGAGACGAAGAAUCGUUGAAAGCAGCAACGACGGUGAGCCUUCUGGCCUAGACGCCUUGGCGACUGUUGCAGUGUUGGGAGAGAGCAUGAGUGAGUUGGGGGAGCCUUCUGCCGGAGCUACCACAAAGCAUCCUCGGCACCGCCCUGGCUGUAGUUGUAUCGUUUGCAUUCAGCCGCCCAGUGGGAAGGGCAAGCACGAAGCCACGUGUAAAUGCAACGUAUGCCUGACCGUGAAGCGCAGGUUCAAAACACUGAUGCAGCGUAAGAAGAAAAAACAAUCAGAACGUGAGUUAGAACUUGCACAGGGGAAGGAUAAAGAUAAACUUCCUCGUAAAGAUGCUGCUGCUGCAAAUGAACCCACCUCAAUACCUAUGAACCACCCAGAGAACGAGGCCUAUCAGAAGGAAGAUCGCCAUGAUGCUAUGGAGGAGGAUGUCGGGACUAGCAAGGGUCAGCUAGACCUGAACUGCCACCCUAACCGUGAAGAUGACAUGCAACCCGAGGAGGCAUCUGGACUACUGUGCAUAAACACGGGAGCUGACACUGACCUUCCCUCUAGGACGUACAAUCUAGCAAUGACGACGGGUAAGUGUUUGCUCGCACAGACCACCGAAGAAACCAAAGGAAAGCAGUCAAACCACCCAGACAAUAAUAGACACAUAACCCCCGCGGAGACCAAGUCAGAGAAUGAGCCUGCACAAGGGUAAAACAUAUAUAUAUUCUUUAUAUCAUUUGCGUAGGGAAAUUAUAGAGCAUCUGUGUACAACCCCAUAUAGUUCACACUUCAUACAAUGUAACAAACAGCCCAUGUUUGUGUUCCAUUAGCUGUUUGCCAUACUAACAUUUGCAGGAAUACUUAAACUAUGAGUGACCAUUAAAU